UAUGGUUGCUAAUAUACAUCAGGAACUCUAAAGGGAAAUAAACAUGUGCAGAUACGAUCCUACAUUCCUAUUCAAAUCUCGGACUCCUAAGUCUGCGUAAGUACCGAUGGUGUUACAUCUAGAUGUUAUAAUAUGAGUGAUUGACGAGUCUAAUUAGAUGUUUUAUAAACAUAAAUGGACUAUAAUUUGACAGGAAAAAAAAAAAAAAGCGUGAAUAGACUAUAACACCAUGCAGUAUGACGGACACACCCUAAUAAAUCUUUACCAACACGAAAUUAUCUGUCCGGAUUCAUUCUUAAUAAAAAUAAGGAAAAAAAAAAGGGAAAAUAUCCAUUACAAAAUAAUAUAAUGAUGAUUAUAUCGGUAUGAUUAAGUAGAAUGAACCUAUCCAAAUGUUCUCCUCUAAAUAUUUAAGCACAAAAUUUAGCUUUACCUUAUUAGCUACUAUUACUUUAUAGGACUAACUUAUUACUAGAAAUUAAUCAAUGAUAAUCGAUAUUGGUUUGCUAUAUAAAACAACAUCUUUGGUCCUUAACCCCAUCAGUUCCUCGCACAACAAAGCAAAAUAGUUAAAAACAUGGAACGCGGUAGUUUGGUUCUUCGAUUGGCCUUGACUCUCCUAACCGUCGCGGCCACACCAACACAUUGCAGCUACCAUUCCCACACACUUCCAAAUGUCCAUCACGAAGAAAAGGUCACGCGCCUCCACUUCUACCUCUUCGACAUCAUCAGCGGCGACAAACCUAGUGCUGUAGAAGUCGCACGUCCAAACAGCACGAAGAAUGACAGUUCUCCCACGCCGUUCGGCAGCGUGUGGGCCAUCGACGACCGUCUACGAGAGGGCCCUGAGGCCACUUCCAAAGUUAUUGGGAACGCUCAAGGGCUCUACGUGUCGUCAGUCCAGGACGAGACCAAGCUGGGGCUUGUAAUGUACGUUGAUUUUGGUUUUACUGAGGGUAAGUUUAAGGGGAGCUCAUUCAGCGUGUUUUCGAGAAAUCCGGUGACAGAGACGAAUCGGGAGUUGGCCGUUGUGGGAGGGAGAGGGAGGUUUAGAAUGGCGAGAGGGUUUGCGAAGCUGAAAGCUAGUUAUUUAAAUGUUACCAAUGGUGAUGCCAUUAUUGAGUAUAUGGUCACUCUCAUCCACUAUUGA